CUGCUUAAUACAGAAUUUUUUUUUUAAAUGGGAGAGAAUGAAACAAGUUUACCUAAUACAUCCCUGCAAGAAAAGAAGAUGGCUUAUCGCAAAGUGAACGCAGACCAGAGAAUACAGGGGCACUCUCAAUACCUUGACAAUGAUGACCUCCAGGCCACCACAUUGGAACUAGAAUGGGACAUGGAAAAAGAGCUGGAAGAGCCUGGCUUUGACCAUUUCCAACUGGAUGGCACAGUUGAUCACCAUUCGGGAAAUUCACAAAAUACUAACAUUGAUCUUGAGCCUAUUCAGCCCUCAGCAUCCCCUAAAGGAAGAUUUCAGCGACUUCAGGAAGACCCGGACUAUGUGUCACAUUAUACAAGACCCACACCAAAGAGCAACCGCUGCAACUUUUGUCGGAUAUUUAAGCUAUUUUGCACUGUUUUGAUUUUAUUUAUUUUUGGAAUUUUAAUAGGAUAUUAUGCACAAAAAAAAUGUUCUCCUUCCCCCACUUCUUCAGAACCAAGUGACCCUCAUUUCUACCACGAGAUUCUCAAGGAAAUCAAAGCUGAAAAUAUUCAAAAGAUUUUCAGAGAUUUGAUACAGUUGCCUAGGAAAGAAGAAGAUACAGACAUUGCGAUGAAACUUCUGGUUCAAUGGACGUCUUGUGGCCUUGAAGAUGUUCAGCUAGUAAAUUACUCUGUCUUGCUUGACCUGCCAGGCUCUUCUUCAAAUACAGUAACUCUGAAAAAUAGUGGUGAAUGCUUUUAUCCUAGUGGACAGAAGUGUUACAGGGAGACCAAAAAGCUUCACAGCCAAGACCUUCUGUACUCAUACGCCGCUUACUCUGCCAAAGGAACUAUUGAGGCAGAAGUCAUUGAUGUGCAGUAUGGAACUGUAGAAGAUUUAGUCCUGAUUCAAGCCAUGACAAAUAUGACCAAUAAAAUCGCACUUCUGAAGCUAGGAAAAUCACCUUUACUCUAUAAGCUUUCUCUGUUAGAAGAGGCGGGGUUUGGAGGCGUCCUCCUUUAUGUUGAUCCUUGCGAUUUACCAAAGACUCAAAAUCUUAGUGGUAAAGCAUUCAUGGUUUCCCUAAACAGUGGAGGAGACCCAUCGACACCUGGUUAUCCCAGUAUUGAUGGAAACUACAGACAGAACCGAUCGAACCUUACAUCGCUGCUAGUGCAACCCAUAUCUGCUCUGCUAGUCAAAAGACUUGUUUCUUUACCUGAGAACAGAAGCAAAAGUGAUGAGUGUAUCCCUCUCAAACUGCCUGUGACAGAAAAGAGAAUAAUCAGUCUAAAUGUUCAGACAGUCCCAACAUACAAGACAAUUUCUAAUGUUAUUGGGUAUUUAAAAGGAUCUACGUUUCCCGAUAGAUAUGUCAUAGUUGGUAGCCACCACAACAGUGUAUAUGGUUACAGUGGACAAGAAUGGGCCAGUAGCACUGCUGUCAUCACAGCAUUUAUACAAGCCUUGAUGCUAAAAGUUAAGAGAGGCUGGAGGCCUGAUCGGACCAUUGUUUUCUGCUCAUGGGGAGGAACGUCAUUUGGCAACAUUGGCUCAUAUGAAUGGGCAGAGGAUCUCAAGAAAGUUCUCCAGAGGAACAUUGUGGCUUAUGUUAGCCUCCAUAACCCAGUAAGAGGCAACUCAAGUUUGCAUCCUGUAGCAUCGCCUUCUCUUCAGCAACUGGCAACAGAGAGACAGGGCCUCACCUGUCUGGGGAAAAUGAAGUGCCCAGGAUCCAAUGUGAGUUCUGUGCAGAUGCAGGGUGAUUCUGAUUAUUUCAUCAACCAUCUUGGGAUUCCCACUAUGCAGUUUUCUUACGAAGACAUCAAAACAUUGGAGAGUCCAAGCUUUCUCUUUGAAGCUCUCUUUCCUGCACAUAACACAGUAACUGAAGAGCUGGAUCCCUUGUUCAACCUGCAUGAGACCAUUGCUAAG